AAUCUAUCGAAUAUAUGUAUGUGUUUUUUGUCUUUCACAUACAUCUUCUCUAGCAUGACGUAAAGUGUAUUUUAUUUCAUCGUGAGAUGAUCACAAACGUGUACUGCCGAAUUAAAUUAGUAUUUGUUUAGGUGCGUGAAUGUUUGGAUUAUAGCGAGAGAGCAAAAAGCGUUGGAUGAAGUAAAAUCAUGCUUUAAAACAAAACCGAAACAAACCAACGCAAACCAAUUCUAAGUGGUACAGUCGAAGUGAAUCAUUCCAAUUUUGUGUAAUUUUCGGAGAAGUUUUUUUCUUCUUCAAAAGAUAGUGAACGUGAUAAUACAAAAAUAAGCAGAUUUGAAAUGUUUGGAAUACGAAAAUUAUCGAAGUUAACGCAACAAUUAAUCAAAACGAAUUCAACGAUUGCAGCAAUAACUAAUACAAAUGCAACGGUAUCGCUACACACACUGUCAAACCAGUCUGUUAUCAGUCACGUAAAAGAUACACAAACGGCAUGCAUCGCUUAUCGUCAUUUCACGCAUUCGACUGUUAGGCACACUGACAAAUCAUCAACAAACGCAACAAAUAACACACCAAACAUUGGCGAAUAUGAUACAUUGACCGAAUAUCAUGCAUAUGAUAUGAUACAUAAAUUAAGCGAUAAUGAGCGGGCAUCCUUGUCGAAGGCAUUGAACAAAUACGAUUCUGACAAAAUUAAAUCGAAGUUUCAAGGAAAGCUUGCAUCAUCUAAUUGGCGCCUAAAAUUCGGACGCCGAACUAAUGAACAGCUUGGGUCUGUGGAUCCAACAGGAUCCUUCUGUGCUAUGCCCGAUGAUUGGAUUAAAAAAAAACUGGCGGAAGCUGCCAUCAAACCAUCAAAUGAUGCAUUAUUCAAAACAUUCAUGGUGAGUGGGGUGCCAUUUGUGGGAUUUGGAUUUUUGGAUAAUUUCUUUAUGAUUAUCGCUGGCGAUUACAUUGAAAGUUUGAUUGGUGUAUACAUUUGUAUAUCAACAAUGGCAGCUGCUGCGCUGGGAAACACGAUCAGUGAUGUAUUUGGAUUAGGUCUCGCCAGUUAUGUAGAACAAUUUUGCACAUUUAUCGGCAUUGUGGCACCAGAAUUAACACCAACACAACAAAAUAUGGCAGUUACUCAACGAGCUGGAAGUUUGGGUCGUGUGUUUGGCAUAACAAUUGGUUGUUUACUUGGAAUGUUCCCACUUCUGCUGAUGAAGAAAGAAUCAAAACCUGAAACAAAUAAAAUAAAUUAAAUCGAUGUGAAACAUGUGAAACUGAAUCGUAGGAGAAUCAAACUCAACUGUCCUAGCUUAUGUCGUCAUUAUUUUAUUUAUUAGUUGCAUUUCUUCGACUCGAACUGAUUUUAUUUACGCAUGUGUCUUACUCUCACUACCUGAUGAACUGUUUUAAAUUCGUUUUGCACCGAUGUCUUCUAUUGAAUCAAUGUAGAUAGCACAAAUCUUUUUUAUCUUACACUAUAUAAACUCUGUAUAAACUAGUAAUUUAUUGUUUUUAAGCUACGUGUAUACAUGAUUCGAAUUUAUUGUAAGCUUAGCAGCCAGUCUCAAUAUAACAUUUUAUCGAAUUUUAAUUGACUUCCAAUGGCAAACUCUAUCGCCUCUACGUGCAAUCAAAAACUAAAUACAAAUAUUGACGAAAUAAAUGAAAGCAAUUAUAGAUUGAA